CACCACACGUCCCCCACCUCUGCCUCUUCCGCCGGUCAUCUCAAUCUCCUCCUCAUCUCCACCUGCCCUCCCUCCUCCCCCCUCCUUCCAUGCACUGGAUGUGGAGAUUCGGAAGCUGUUGAUGCUUGCUGGGUUAACUCAAGCUGAGCUCCUCAAACUCAGCCCAGAACUCGGUGUGUGUGUGGGAGGGUUGGAGGAUGAGGUCGAUGGAGAUCACGUUAUCUCGUCCAGGUCUGGGGAGCUACACGAGUUCAGACUAAAAGAUCGGAACGAGAUGAAGGAAUGUGACACAGAGUUGAUGUCUAGAGACAGAUGGAGAAGCAGAGGCAAGAUGGAGGGAGAUCGAAGAGCAGGUAUAGCUGAAGAUGACAAAAUGAACGAGGGGAGCACACAAAUAACCACCUCUUUUCCUGAGAUGGCAAGGAUGAAGAAGAGGAGCAGCGGUCUGACCUCUGACCCUUACUACAACACUGGUUUGAGCAAUACACAAGAAACCAAAAUGAAAAAUGUGAGCUUUGAGUCUUUCCGGUAUCCUGCCGAGGUACUAGAUUCACCUCCCCCCCCUCCUCCACCUCGUCCCUUACCCCCAAUCCCCCCAUCUGUGCCCCACCACGAAAGCAGCACUCUCCAGGCUAACUCUGCACAGCCUGAGCGAUUUGAUUGGCUCAUAGCAUUCACACCUGACAGUGAAGCCCGACCACAGCAUCCAUCCCUGACAGUGAGAAAAUGUCAUUUAGAGAAUCAAAAGAAGCUCAGUUCUUCAGGGUCGUCAACAGGGUCAGCGCCAAAGGUUACGACUUUUAAAGAGAUGCGGUACCGCAACAAGAGCACCUUCCUCCCAACACAGGUGAUCACCGAUCCAGACCCUGACCCGACGGUUAUCACUCCAGAUGCAGAUAUACUGUACAACCUGAGGUGGAGAAGAGAGAUGGUAGGCGGCGAUGGCAACCAAUGGGAGUACACCUCUCAGGCUCAGGCCUUCUUUAUGCAGCCGCCACCAGCUCUCACCUCAAUGGCCGCUCUGAAGGAAAUGCUGCAGAGAGCCGACGAGGAGGGUAGACAACCGGAGCUGUGCCCAUCACAGAAGAUCGGCUGCUCGGUCAGCGACAGCAGCCUGUGGGCCAUCGGCAGAGAAUGGGAGGGUGAAAAGGUUAAGAAGGAUGAAAAGGAAGGGAAAGAAGAAGAAGAGGAGGGGAAGAUGGCGGUGGAACUGAGAGGACAAGCCGACGGCAGAAGAACUUUGGAAACAAGAACUACAGCUGUUCGCAGUGUCUCAUUCGCUGGCUCUGUUCAGAGGACAGAGACUUCCUGGAUGGGCGAAGAUGUGAAGCUGGGCCUGUCCUCUCUGGUCCUGCAGGACAAAAAAGCUCUGGUCAGUGCGGUCAGUGUGGCCGUGGAAGCCAUCUUGGCCCAGUUCAGCUCUUCUCGGACUGCCGUCCAGAAGUCUCUCUCAGUUAACAAGGCCUUAUCAGGAGACAGCAGUAUAAAUCCAUCUCUGGGCCGUCUGGUGCUGCAGUGUCUCUGCCCCGCCCUGCACAGCUUUCUGACCGAUGGCUUGAAACCUCACCAGAGUGACGUGAUUGCAGGCAGGAGGCCAAAUUCAGCCUGGGGUCUGGUCCAGGCCUCGUCCAGACCAGGUCCUAAAACUCAAGUGUUGUUCAACCUACAACUUUGUGUUGGAGAGCUGCCUCAGCUCCGACAGAGCAAACACAGGUUCAACGCAUUCCUCCUCGGUCUUCUGAAUACCAAGCUUCUUGAUUUCUGGCUGUCUCACCUUCAGUCUUGCAGUGAUGUGCUAGAGACAUAUUACCGCCCCUCCUCCUUUAUGCAUCUGUCGCUGACCGCCUGCCAGCCUCUGUUCGAGGAGCUGCUCCUCGUGUUGCAGCCUCUGAGCCUGCUGACCUUCAACCUCGACCUGCUCUUCCAGCACCACCAUUUAGAGCCAGACAGUCACACUCCAGAAAUCCUGAGUAAAACGUGUCAGGAUGCUGGAGUCCAGCAGUCAACAGAGAGGUCAAAAUCCAAAAUUACAAGCUGCAGAUAUAUUGAAAGCCUCUCAGGAGUAGACUUUGGAAGCCCAGAAGAUCGGGCGGCCAAAGAACAAUUGUCAGCAGUGAGUAAUCCACAGAAUGGAGUACCAGGGGAGUCCAACCAUAGCAGUGCUGCACCCAAAAAAGCUUCCAUCACUCCUCAGCUGUUGUGGGUUCAGGAGAAGAAUAUUGGAGACUUCCCUCUUCCUAAUAUUGAGGAGGACAGCCUCACUCAGCAGGCAGGACAGGUGAUCCAGCAGGGAUGGGGGGCUGUGGUGCGCUGGGGAGGCAAACUGAGCCAGAACCUGUCAGAGCUGAACCUGAAAAAGGAAGAGGUAAAGAUGGAUCUGUCGGACCUCCAGGCCCAAGCAGGGAGUGACUUUGCUCCGGUCAGCAGUGGCGCUCAGGUUCCUUGGGGUUUGGGGAGGCUCUUUGGAGCCUCGAAAGGCCUCAGCAGCCCAGAAGGUCACACAUCAGCAACCAGGCGUCCCUCUCAGUGGCUGGCCCCUGGUGUCACUGCACUGACACGAAUGGUGAGCAGCAACUCCACUCCGACAAUAAGGAGGGGCCCAGAGCCCGAGGGGGAAAGCGAGCCAGAGUCAGAGAAGGAGGUUGACACCCUGGAGAUGAAGGACAAACCCCGACCGCUCAGGUCUGUACGGACGCUGUGUGACCACUCCGGAGCGGGUUCGGAGCUGAGCUUCCGCAAAGGUGAAGAACUGGUGGUGUUGGGAGGAGUCGAUCAGGACUGGAUUCGCUGUCGUCAGGGAGACAAAGAGGGACUGGUACCUUUUGGCUACACCUCCCUCAUCAUGUGACUUCGCUUCCGUAACUGCUGCACUCAAUCAAUAAAAAAAUUCAAAUAAAUAUAUAUAUAUAUAUUUUGGGCGAGUGUUGAGAGGUUGUGGUCAGGCUUCACUACUCUGAAAGGGAUAUUUCCCGCUUUCUCGGUUCGAGUUUGAGUUGAGUGCAUAACACCAUCUGUUGUGCUUUACGUGCAUCACGAGCAGCCUGCAGCCCUCCCUUUAUGAACAUAUGGGAGUUUUUUCCCUCAUCACAAUCCACCUAGUUUGGUAGCAUUAAACUAAUGGAUGUUGGCAGCAGGAAUGCAGCAGAUGCUGGGAAAUAAUGACUCAAGUCAAACUUCAAUCAUUUCAUACUGAAAGACCUUUGAUCUUGGAGUGAAGUAUCCCUUCAACAUGUUCUUUCCUCAUUGUCGGCCUUCCUUGUCAGCCGCUGAUCUGAAAAUGAUCCCAGUGCAACUUCUGCCCAGUCAACAACUUGCAGAUGUGAGUGCUUUCAGAUCAGAGGCUGCUCGUCGCGAGGAGGCGACAGUCGACAGCCUGGUAGUCGCCACGUCGAUAUCUCGCGGCUGGCAGGUUGUCGAGUGGAGAAAGGAAGUGAGAGGACUGGGCCGUAGCUCCUGUUGCAUACUGCGUAGUAAUGUAGUGAAUUGUAGCUGUGUAGAUCUGUGUUGACCUUUCACCCCUAUUGACCUCUCACCUUUAUCGCCUGGUUCAUGUGUGUUUGACAAGUUUCUGCUUCUAUAUUUGACUGUAUAAAUAUACAUACAAAAUAUAUAUAGGUAUAUAAAUUGAGAUUGAUAUUACCAAGAUAGAUAGACAGAUGGAUGAACAAGAGAAAGCAGAUAGUAAAACCCAAGCAGCAGCUUAAUACUGUGGCCACAUUGAGGAAGUGGAUGAGUCAAAAUAAUGGAUUUUACAUCUGUAACUUCACACAUGCAUUAGGUGGUUGUCAUACAUGCGAAACAAAACUGUUUGUUUAAGUAUGAAAUCCAGUAUCUUCCCUCCUGUUUGCUUCAUGUAUUGCUAUCAGUCUUGACAUCAUAUCCAUACAGUUAUUAGAUCUAGCCUCAUGCCUUUAACACUGUAUGCAUUGUAAUGUGCCAUGAAUGCUUUGAAUGAAUUCUAGAAAAUAUCUAUCUGUCCAUCCCGCACAGCUCCAGAAGAUAAUAUCAAACAAAAGCAAUCUGCAGCUUAUCUCCCAACUCAUCCAGGACCUCAAGGGGCCAACACGAGUCAAAGUAAACACUUCACAAAACUAUGCUCAGCUCUUGCUCAACACUAUCUGACCUGAAACUCAAUGCAGUGAGAAAAUCCCAGAUGUUUUUAUGAUGUGUUCAUAAAUGCUACUGUAACCUCACCUCAUACCUCAGCUGUUGUACUUACCUGAACCCUUCCUGACAUGUUUGCUCAUCAUAAUCAUUGGUAUUAAUGAUAGUGGUAGUAGAAGUGGUCGUGGUGGAAGUGAGAAAUUGAUUCUAGCCACAUCACUUUAUGUCAUAUAUAUAUUAGUUAUUCUCUAGAUUUUGUAUUGAUGACUAUGCAUAUGGUUAAAUGUACAACUAACAGCCUUUUUGUUUGUUUUAAACUAGGUUUUGAUUUGAUGUUGACACGUUAAGCCUAAAACAAUAGCUUAGAUAGUUAAACUUAAUAUAAAAGAAAGGUUGACACUAAAGGACCUCCAUGUAAUACAGCAGGAACGUUUCAUUGCUAUUGAUCAAUCAGGGAAAAUCAGUUCUUCAAAGUGUCCUCGUUUUAUUGGGUCAAUGCCAUGUAGCAUGACUUUACAGUCGCUAUGGCAACUGUCCAGUAGCAUUUAAUUGAACCAGUGCUUAUAACUUAUGAUACAAUGCCAUCCAAUUGAUAACACCUGGGUGUUAACAAGAAAUAGUUUCUCGAUAAAGAUGAAAUAUCAGUUGACAGAUUCAAUUGUUUAUAUUUUUUGGUUUGUUUAUUUGUGAGAUUCUGGUCGAAAUGCAUUUGUUAGAAAGCUGUUAAUUUAUUGGAUGUACUAACUAUUGAUCUAUUGAAGUUUCUGAAAGGAAAAGCUCUAUCUGACCCAUCUAGUGUCUCUCUAUCUAUCUGGGUGUGUGUGCAUGCAUGUGAGUGUGUGAGUGCACACAUGGCAGUGAAAUCAGAGAUGAGUGUGAGCACAUCGGUGUGUCUGCACAUCCUGCACUUUGAGAGUGUGUGUGUGUGUGUGUGUGUGUGCGCCUGUGUCUUGUGUGUAACAAAGAGAUGUGUACCUCCCUCUCCUCCUCCUCUUUCUCUCUGGUGUCAUGUAGCCUGUAGACAUCCCUGUGUCCUACUAUUGCAUAUAGUUCAGUGCCCCUCUAGUGUCAGUCACUGUCAAACUCCUGCAUGUGCUUGUUUGUAAAUACACCAAAUAAAUGAUCAGUAUAAACCAAA